AUGAGUGGAUCAAAUCAGGUUAUUUUAUUUGAACAGGAAGGAGCCUGCUAUCUACACAGAGCAAAUGAUUCUAGCAAAAUUAGAAUAUAUCUAAAUAACCCUAACGUUUGGUAUAUUUUGGAUGGUAAAAAACUAGAUAAAGUUCGUGCCAAGACAAUUCUUAUUUGCUCUCCGUUUAAAGAUCAUUAUAAAGACUUUGAUAAGUACUUCGGGGCGGAAAUACGGUACAUGCCAGUGUGGGAGUGGGAAGAGAUCGAAACAUGCAGGGCUAUAAUGCACAAUCAUCUUAAAAAAUCAGAGGUUAAACAGUUGUUUCUUAAAUGGGGAGGGAUCCCUCGAUUCGUCCUGGAGAAGGCUCGUAAUCAAACUCAACAAAGCUUGCUCGAAAAGGCAAUUUCUGUAUGUGACGAAAAGAUAUUUAAUUAUAUCGGUGAAAGUGAUAGCGAAAAUGAUGUCAGUCACAAGCUUAUUCAUAUCUACACGAACCCUCUGAUUGAUAGCGAUGAUAUAGAGGUCGAGGGUGGUGAAGGGGUUGAACAUGUUGAUGAGGAACCCUAUACGCUACAAAUUAUGGCAUUUGCGUCUGAUUAUGUGGGGGAAGAAAUCACCAAGAAAUUUAAAUCAUUAAUAUUAGACAAAUUACGCACACAAUUUGAACUAAGCUGUAUAGACUAUUCAUGUUUAGGUAGCUGUUUCAAGCAGAUGGCUCACCGGAUAUUACGAAAUGAGGGAACUUUCAAAGUUCGUUCUCUAGAGUCCAUUAAGAAUAAAAGAUCAACUCAAAAUGUGAAAAAUCAGAAUGAGAUACUUACGUUUUCUAAUAUUCAGACGAUCGAGGAUGGAAAGUACUAUCGACCAGCUAAUAAAAAUUUUCCGUCGAUUGAUACGAUUUUUGCUCCCGAUAUACUCUUCCAGAUGACUACCGCUAGAAAUCAUCCUAUUGAUAUUAGCGGUUUGAAGAAGCUUCAUAGUAAAUUAAUAACUACGGGUGAAAUAUCCUUUUAUUUUGUUGUGCCGGCAGAGUUAUACGAUCAUUUUCAAAAGCAGAAAUUUAUCACCACGGAUAGUGCUAAUGUUCAGAAAAUGCCAGAUUGGAUUAAAUACCGUGUUAAGCAAUACGCUCUGAGAAUUUAUUUGAGUUCUGAAAGUUCAUCAAGUGGGAGUUCACUAAAAAGGG